AUGAAACUCGGAGAUCUCCCGCGUGAGCUGAUUCUCAUGAUCUUGGAGCACUUGGCAAACUCCAUCGGACUACUCAAAGCAGUACGGCUACGGGUAGUCAGUAAGAUGUUCAACGAUAUCAUUACAUACAUAGUCUCAUCGCCUGACUACAUGCGUAAAAGCUUGAGAUCCCAACAUUACAACCGUUAUGCAGAAAUGUCUGCUAGUCUUCGAGCCAGGAUUCUUCUGUCCGGCUCGUACUCUGUCGCUAGGUGCCGAACACGCACCUUUCUCGCCAUCUCCUACGUUUCCACACGACUAGCUGAGUUGACUAGGGCAAAUAAUGAUCAGGCUGUGAGAAUUAGGAAGAAAAUAGCCCUAGCAGCCGCGCAGUCUGGAAAUCCCGAGUAUCACGACCUCUACAAAGACGACACUAUCAAAGGCGAGAAAACGCAGCGACAGAACCUCGUUUCUGGAGCAAUCAUUAUGGGGGAUCUGCCUCUUACGAUCUACCUUUUCAAGGAGUUUGGCGAGUCUGUCGGAGUGAAUAAAAAAAGCGAAUAUUUCGGACGUCCGCUGCACUUAGCCGCAGCAUGGGGACAUAUGGAAAUUGUCCAGUAUCUUCUCAGUAACGGUGCAGACGCUCUCCGAAUUGUUGCUAUGACGAAAAAUGAUUUUGAUCAUUGCAGUGAUAUCCACCAUGUCUAUCUUUGGUCACGUCACGUAGAUCGAAGUCCUGACGGGAGUCCAUUGCGUGCGGCGGUACUUUCCGGGCAUGAAGACAUUGUGCAACUCUUUUUGCAGCCAGAGUAUAACAUAUGGCCAAAAUUCCGCCCAGAAUACUAUAGAGCAAUCCUAGCUGCUACGCGUAGUGGACACGAACGGAUACUAGACAUGCUCUUUGAUGCCGCGGAUCUCGAUCUCGACAAGAUAGGCAAAUUCAAGAGCCAAAUGCUCAUUGAAGCUGUUCGCCACGACAGGAGAAAUAUCGUGCAUCGACUUCUCGAGGCAGGGACAGAUAUUAAUUUUGCCCCAAGAUACCUCCUGCCGCGACGAUUGCACGGUACGGCUCUGCACAUUGCUGCUGCUCAUAACCGGACUGCCAUGAUCAGACUUCUACUAAAUGCCGGUUCUUCAACUGAAAUAAUGGAGAGAGGAGAUGCAAAAUGCUUCACUCCUAUCGAAACGGCUGCACAAUACGGUCAUACAGAAAGCGUCUCCAUAUUCAUUGAGUAUGGAGGCAACCCGAACCUCGUGUUUUACGCUGCCACAUGUGACCACUGGACUCCCGGCAGAGAGGCUAUGGCGCAGGCGAUUAUGGCUCAUAAUCCAACUACUAUAAGAUGGCUCUUGGCUAAGGGCGUGCCCAUUGGCAUGGCACCCGAUGAGGCCCCUCAUGAGGUCCGAUAUUCUCGGUUUCUUUACCCCAAGUUACUUCCCUGGAUCAAAGAGUUCGUGCUCAGUUUAACAGAGGGUAGGGAUCCCAGGUACAAUUAUUGGAAUUCAUAUGGCUUUGCGCCUGAGAGUCGAUUUGGGAUUCAUAUUGGGGAGGACACUUGGGAAUGGUUUGGCAAGUAUUGA